GGUGACGUUGCAGAUAGCGCGCGUCGCUGCUCCCAGUUUGGGCCGUUGGCCUCAGGCGGCGGUGUCGAGCGGAGCCCAGCCCGGAACCUAGGACAAUGAAAGAGGCGGAAGGUCUGCGGCAGCGCCGGCCACAGCAGCCGCAGGUCGUCUCGGAUGAAUCGCGGGACGCCGAGACCAAGCAUGUGAGUGCAUACAGUGGGAAGGUUUUCCGGAUAACCUUGACAACACUCAUUGUGACUCUUCUGGCCCCAUUUUUGGUGGCAACACUGCUGCUGCAGUCACCAAUAAAUCCUGAGCCUUUCAGUUACAAGGAACCUCCUCUUCUAACAGGUCCCUUAGAGCCCAACCUUAAACUGAGGCAAGCUGAACGCUUGUUUGAGGGCGAGUUGAUUGGACCAGAAUCUAUUGCACACCUUGGAGAGGUGAUAUUCACUGGUACGGCUGAUGGACAGAUUCUGAAAAUAAGUGAUGGACAAAUACAUACCCUAGCAAGGAUAGGCAAACUUCCUUGUGGAACAAGAGAAGAUGAACCAACUUGUGGAAGACCUUUGGGAAUCCGCGUAGGCCCUAAUGGGACUCUGUUUGUGGCUGAUGCUUACUAUGGGCUAUUUGAAGUUAAUCCAGUCACAGGUGAAGUGGAGAUGCUGGUCUCUGCUCAGAAGAUUAUUCAAGGCAGGAGAAUGGCCUUUGUGAAUGACCUCAGCAUCACACAGGAUGGCAGAAAGAUCUACUUCACUGAUUCCAGCAGCAAGUGGCAGAGAAGAGAUAACCGAUACCUCGUGAUGGAGGGCACUGCUGAUGGGAGAUUAAUGGAAUAUGACACAGUAACAAAACAAUUGGAGGUAUUAAUGGAUGACCUAAGGUUUGCAAACGGAGUUCAGCUCUCUCCGGCUGAGGACUAUGUACUAGUUUCUGAGACGACCAUGGCUAGAAUUAGAAGAUACCACAUCUCUGGAUUAAGAAAAGGAGGACAUGAUAUAUUCUUCGACAAUCUUCCUGGGUCUCCCGACAAUAUAAGACCAAGUAGUUCAGGAGGCUAUUGGGUUGGCAUGGCAGUACUACGCCCAAAUCCUGGCUUUUCUGUGAUGGAUUUCCUUGCUCCAAGGCCUUGGCUUAAGAAUUUGAUUUGCAAGGAAUACAACAUCCAUAAGUAUUUUAAAUGUCAGAACAUUUCUGUGGAAAUUCUGAACGCACCCUUCAAUAUUCCGAUUGCAAGAAGAAACGUUGUCUAUGUAGAAUAAUUUAAACAUUAUAGCCACAGCAUCAUUUCGACACGUCUGAGCUAUACUCCUUCCAAAGCAGAUAUAUCCAUCCUAAAAUACGUUGCCCAGAACUGAAAGCUGAAUAGGAUCAUAUCAGAGCUUUGUAUAAAUGUAACUUAGUGCCAAUCCCUUUGUAUGCUAAACCCAUUGAAACAAAGGUCAACGUUGAUUACCUUCAUCAUAUUUUCCCCCAGUUUGUCAGCUGUUAAUGACUUCUGUACAGAGGCCCAUAAAUCUUUGUACGACCACGAUUGCCAGCUUCUUGCCAUUUCAGAAGUAAUCUAUCUUCCUUGUUUCCAAAGUGGAUGACCUCACAAUUUCCCAGUUAUACUCCUGUUAUACUACUGUUUUGUCCACUGACUUAUUAUAUCAGUGUCCUUUGCAACUUGCUGCACUAUCCAGUAAGUAUUCCUGAACAAGUAUUAGGAAAGCAAACUGGCCAACUCAGAAUUUAAUCCUUUGGGUGAAGGGAGGAGAUGUUGUUUCUAGAGGGAGUGGUACUGCAAUUUAGCAGUGUUAUGGCUGAGGUGAGCUGUAUGGGGCAGUACAUUUACAUCCCGAAUCAUUCAGUGAAUAAAUGUACAUUCUGAUAUAGUGCAAAGUUAUAAAUAAAAGAAAGAAAGCAAACUUGUAGUUAUAUAAUGCCACAAUGUUCCAAAGAGAUUUUCAGCCGAUUAAGCACUUCGUUUUUUCUGAUGUAGUAGUAUUCAAUGUGAAUAAAUGUCCCACACAUUAUAAGCUGGUAAUGACCAGGUAGUCUAUCUUAGUGACCUUGUUUGGGGGCUAAAUAUUGACCAAUAUCUCCCUGUUCUUUGAAUUGUUCUUUGAAUUGUAUUACAUUUACCUGAGAUGGGGUCUCAGUUUAAUGCUUUACCUGAAAAGCAGCACGCCCCCCCUCAGUGCAGCACCUUAUCAGUACUGCUGUGAGAAUUUCAGCUUGAAUUACAAGCUUGAGCCUGUGAAGAUGGUCUCAUUCUUCUAAACUCCAGAGAGUAAAGUCCCAACCUAUUUAGCCUUCACUCAUAAAACAGUCCUUCCAUACAGGGGAUGAUCCUAGUGAACCUUCUCUGAACUGUCUCCCAUGAAAUGAUAAAGAAACAGGAACAGGAGUAGUCUGUUCAGUCCUCAAGGUUGCUCCAUUGUUCAGUGGGAUCAAAGCUAAUUCAACAUUCCUCAUGUCCACUUUCUGGGUCUGGGUGGGAUGCUGUUCAGAGGGUUGGUACGGAUCUGAUGGGUAGAAUGGCAUGCUUCCACACUGUAGGGAUUGUAUCAAUAUCUCUCUGCAAAUUGUUUGUAUCUCCCUCACAACCGGCCUUUCCACCUAUUUUUGCUUUUCUGCAAAUUUGCCUACAAUAUAUUCACUUGAUGCAGUUACAGAGCUUGGACUGCUUACAGUUAGCUAUCUGCUGAUCCUCAGGACAGUGCUUCCAAAGCUUUUUCCCCAUUCAGGCAUUUCAAGGCUUGAAUGUUGUCACAGCAUUUGUGAGUAUUGUGAGAAGGGUAGGUUGUGGGGCUGGGGAAAGCUGUGAGAGUGGCCUUGUUGGUGAAGGAUCAUAACUGUCAUAACUCGGUCAGAGCUCCAAGGUGGCUUCUGCUGCCUCAGAGCUUGCAACCCUACUUGGAGUUCCUGUCUCCACUUUGGGAAGCCAUGCCUAAGGAGUCAUUGGAGGAGUUACUCUAUUGUAGGGGAAUUUUAGGGUUAGAAAUGAAAUAAUUACACGUGUUUUAUUUUGUUUUGAUGAUUCAUUAGCGCUUAAUAUUCCAAACGCAAGUGAAUACAGCCAUAUUUAAACAUUAUAUGCACAACACAAUUUUGAUGAGUCUGACCUGCACUCCUUCCAAGGCAGAUAUAUCUAUCCUAAAAUAUGUUGAAUUAAUUCAUAUCCUUGUUCAUGAGAUAUUUAACAAGGAUGAAUUAAAUGCUUGAACUCUAAAUAAAUUGGUUCUAUAUUUC